AUGAUUGGCAACAUGUCAAAGCGGUCGGCUGUCAUUGCUGUCAUGUUGGCAGUUGCCUUAUCACUUGUCUUUUUAUUUUCAGUCUCCAGUUUCCACCUCUCUCCUUCCUCUUACACUGGCAUCGAUCGCGCAUCGUCUCCAUUGUCAACAAAAACAACGACCACCAAGGACUUUGAGCCAAAGUAUGGUUGCCUGGCCAACACAGCAUCCAACAUUACGCUUUCCAAAGAGCAGUGGGAACAAUGCCUCGAACCAGGACAAGAGGCCAGCUUGUAUUUAUCAAUUGUGAUCGUUACAAGGAUAGAUGACUAUGCAGGGAACCAACAUCAUCGUCUUCAAAACUUCAUUGACAGCGCAUACAUCCUUGCUGAACAUACACAAACCAAGAUGGAAUUGCUGAUGGUUGAAUGGAAUCCACCCAAGGAUAGGCGGCGUAUCAUUGAUACUUUUCGCUUCCGCCGAUCCGACUACUUGACAUAUCGCAUCAUUACGGUGCCUGAAAACAUUCAUCAAGCAUUACCCAACAUCGGCAACGCGCCAUUGCAUGAAUUCGAAGGAAAGAAUGUUGGUAUUCGUUUUGCACGAGGAGAGUUUGUAGCAUGCACCAAUCAAGAUGACAUUUGGUCCCACAAUUUCCACAAUGCAAUCAAGUCCCGGGCAUUCCAAAAGAACGUUAUUUAUCUUCAGCACCAAGAUCGACACAAUAUUCACGAUAAUCUUCCUCCAUCCAUUGUCAACUUGCCUGCUAUGCCUGAUGACGACACCCUGUACAAUGCUUGUCAUCUCAAUGAUCAAGAUUGGGGCAACUUUCAAUUACCUGAGCCAGUCAACCUUACACCCGACAAUUAUUUGCAUUAUGGUGAUCAAGCUGGUGACUAUACCAUGGCACAUCGAGAUACUUGGAAAAAGGUCAGGGGUUACAGGGAAACAGGUGGCGUUGCAUGGGUCGACAUUGAAUUCAUUGAGACGGCUGCUUGGACGUUUGAUAUUCCGGUGGUGUACAGCGAACAAGGUUUUACAUGCCAUCAAGAGCACGACAAUGUCUGGGAAAAGAAUCCUGAACGUAUGACACCCAAUCAAGGAAUCCAUGCAGUUGAAAUCCAGCGUAAAGAAAAACAAUACGUCAAUGAGGAAGGAAAAUGGGCUAUGCUCCAUCUGGAUAUCUGGGACAUGGGUCUUCAAUGCAUCGAAUUCGGAGGUGGCCUCUGCUGGUAG